AUGUCUCAUGCUUCCAUCGGAGAGCUAUUGCUUAAAUUGAGUGAUCACCUAAAGGAGUCAGAGGCCAGGUUUACUGUUUUUGCGGACGAGCAGCGACGCACUAAUUGCGAACUAAACGAUAAAUUAAAUCAGCUUAACAGCAUAGCGAGUAAUGUAGAGCGAAACAGUCAGCGGAUUGCUGCGUUAGAGCAUCAAUGUACUGCUCUUGCAAACGAGGUGCGUAGCCUGAAAUCUGAACAUAGGCCUGUAUCCGAUCAAUCUGAUAAUUCGCUUAUUCUUUCCGGCGUCCCAGCUACAAUGCCCAUUACUCCAAUGGCUUGUGCUCGCAACAUGUUCACGGUUCUCGAAAUCCCUGAACUGUCGUGCCACAUUUUGGAUGCAAGAAUUAUUCGCAAGACUCAAUCUGUGAUAGCUAGCGAUCGACCGUUGCCUAUAUCUGAAACUGGCUCGAUCAUUGUUACUUUGACCUCGCGUGCGGUUCGUGAUACUGUCAUAACUAAAAAGCGUGUGCGACGUGUGCUUCAGAGGGACAUUUGUGGUAAUGACUCCGUUCGUGGUGUUUACGUCAAUGAGCUUCUCCCUAAAAAUACAUAUGAGUUACUUAAAACUACUAAAAGUAUUGCCAAGGAAAAAUCUUAUAAGUAUGUUUGGGUUAGGGACGGCCAUAUUUGCGUUAGGCGCUCCGACGGUUAG